GCCAGGGGGCGGUACCGCUGCUCCAGCACAACCCGGAAGUGUCCGUCACCUGCGUCGGAACCGGGAUCCGCAGCACCAUGGACGUGGAGGACGAGAGCAUCCUAGUGUCGGUGUUUAAGGACAGCUUCCCGGACAGCUGGAGGGACAACCCGGACUUCUCGGCCUACCUGUCCGAACUCAGCGCCUGCGGCCUGGACAAGCUGGGCCGGGAGCCGGAGCGGCUGGCCGACGAGCGGAACCAGAUCCUGCAGCAGACCCGGGAGCUGGCCUUCUCCAACUACCAGACCUUCAUCCGAACCGCCGACUGCACCGAGCACAUCUACCGGGACUUCGGCCGGGUGGAGGGCAGCGUGUCCCGGCUGCUGGACAAGCUGCCCCGGUUCGGAGAGCGGUGCAGGACCUUCAUGAAGGAGGCGGAGGAGAUCGGAGUCAGCCGGCGGAUGAACAGCCUCACGCUGAACCGCCACACGGAGAUCCUGGAGAUCCUGGAGAUCCCGCAGCUCAUGGACACCUGCGUCCGGAACGGCUACUACGAGGAGGCUCUGGAGCUGGCGGCGUACGUCAAGCGGCUGGAGAAGAAGCACUCGACGCUACCUGUCAUCCAGGGAAUAGUGCGGGAGGUGCGGCAGUCGGCGCAGCUGAUGCUCAACCAGCUGCUGCAGCAGCUGCGCACCAACUCCCAGCUGCCCGUGUGCCUGCGCGUGAUUGGCUACCUGCGGAGGAUGGACGUGUUCACGGAGGCGGAGCUUCGGGUGAAGUUCCUGCAGGCGCGGGGCAGCUGGCUGAGCUCCAUCCUGGCCGCCGUUCCUCAGGAGGACCCCUACUUCCACAUCACCAAGACCAUCGAGGCGUGCAGGGUCCACCUGUUCGACGUCAUCACGCAGUACCGGGCCAUCUUCUCUGACGAGGACCCGCUGGCGCCCCCCGCAGGCAGCCAGGUGGCGCUUAGCGAGGCGGCCAUUUUCCACGGCUGGGUGGUGCAGAAGGUGGCCGAGUUCCUGGAGACGCUGAAGAGGGACCUGCGGCGCGGCGUGGGGGGGCGGCUGGACUCCCUGCUGGGCCAGUGCAUGUACUUCGGCCUGUCCUUCAGCCGGGUGGGGGCCGACUUCCGCGGCCAGCUGCCGCCUCUCUUCCAGCAGGUGGCGCUGGAGACCUUCCGAGGGGCCGUGCAGGAGGCGGUGGAGAAGUUCCAGGAGGACAUGAACCUGUACACGCUCGUGGCCCUGCCCUCGGUGCUGGGGGGCGCCGUGGCCCCCGCGGCCCCCGGCGUGCAGCCCGGCACCCUGCAGCCCCCCAUGGCCCUGCUGGACUUCCAGCCGCUGGCCUGCUUCCUCAACAACAUCCUCAGCGCCUUCAAUGACCUGCGGCUCUGCUGCCCCCUGGGGCUGGCCCAGGACGUCAGCCGGAGUCUGGAGGACGGCCUGAAGACGGUGACCCGUCACUUCCUGGUGUUCUACCGGGCGGAGCAGUCGGCCUUCAGCAGCAGAGAGAAGGAGCUCUUCGUUCAGUUCUGCUCGUCGUACGCUGAGGACCUGCUGCCCUUCCUGAACCGCUGCCUGCAGGUUCUGUUCCCUCCAGCUCAGCUCGCUCUGGUUCUGGGUGUUCCUGUAUCUCAGCUGCACAGGUACGGCGGUCUGGGCUGCAUCGACGUCUCUGCGGUUCUGCAGCCGCUGGACUUCAUUUUACCCGAGAAGGAGCCGGAACCGGUGCUGCCGGAGGUGGACGUCACGGCCGAGCUGGGCCCGCUGGACUUUGACCCGCAGCUCGGAGAACCAGAACCGUCUCGGUCUGACCUCCUGGACUCAGAGUCUGCAGCCGGAGCGAAGCGUGACGAAGAGGAGGGACAUGAGGAAGAAGAGUGAUGGUCUCGACCCGAUGGACCGGGUCUGCAGGGGUUCUGCUCUGAGGGACUUAAAGCUCCACUGUGGUGAUGGGAACGUUCUCCUGGUUCUGUUUGUUCUCUAUGUUCAUUAAAAUCAUUUAGGUUUUAAAAGUCUCA